CGGCUAGUGAGAGCGAGCGUGCCGUUCGCGUCGCAAGCGGCCGUCGUUGGCUCGUGUUGUCCGUUGGUACCGGUUUAAAGCGAACGCGCCGAACGUAGCCCGAUUUGCUCGCCGAGGAAUAAUUCGCCCCGGCCGACCGCCUCGCUCGCUCUCUCGCUCGCGCCAGUGUGUCGCGCGCCUCGUUACGAAUCGGAUCGUUUCUCCGAUUUCUCUCGUUUUCCGAUCGAUCUCGCGAAACGAAGAAACGCGCGUUAUCGACGAAGCGACCGAAUCGCGGAGGAAUCGGUGAGACACGGAAUCGCUCGAGUCAAGAUCAGUGGUUCGUAUCACGCGGAGCAUCCGUUCGGAGGAGCGCUCGUGGUUCGCGCGGCGGCGCAAUUCUCCCUCCCGCCCUCUCUUUCUUUCAUUUUUUCCUUCUUCCUUUCCGACCGUGCGUACGCGUCCGUCUCUUCUCCGUUCUCGCCGCUUUUGUCCGCCGUUUUUCGUCCUUCUCCUCCAUCCUUCCGCCGCCGCUGUGGUCGCGUCCCGGGUCAACGAGAGUGUGCGGCCGACGAGCGAGUGUGCACUCCCGGAGCAGCAGUGCGCGCGCGCUCCGCUGCUUCCCCACGAAAAUCGCGAGUUCGCCCUCGACCGCCGAGGGAAUCUCUUCUUCUCUUGUCGUGCGGAGGAACCCUCCUCGUCGGCGAGGACGCAGCAGAUAUGGCGCGCGAGGAGGAUCGAUGUCGGUGCUUCGGUGCUUCGAACGCGCGGCGAAGAGGAGGACCCCGGCGGAUCCCGUUGCCGCUCGUCCUGUGCACGCUCCUGGUCGGAUCCUUGGCAGUCGCCGCCGCCGCCGAGAUCGACGGCUCGUACUACCAUUACUCCGUGUUCGAGGGAAGGUCGCCCGUCGACUCUCGAUCGUCGCCCGUCAAACUGAUGGACGGGGACGCGCACCUCGCGAGGAGACGGCGGGAAACGCCCGACAAAUCAGUCGUGACGACCGAGCAGAAGGACGACCCGAAGGAUCACCAGGCACAGCAGUCGCAGCAGCCACCGCCGGAACAACAGGCUCAGCAAGUACCAGGGCCGCAGCCACCGCAGCAGCCGCAGCAACAACAGCAGGAACAGAAGCCGCAGCAGCCUCCGGCACAGCCGUCGAAAACAACGAACACGACGAGCUCGCACGAAGACGUUACAUACUCUCGUGAUGCCUCCUCCACUCCGUCGUCUGUCGAAGCGCUCGACGUCAAGCCGGAUCCGAAGAAGAAGGUGGCGGUGUCGCAGCCGAUGAAUCCCGCGACCGAGGACGCAGCGGUGCCGCAAACACCGCACAUCUGGGCCAAUCGCACGAUGUGGAGCAACGUGACGAGCAACGACAAGGAGUGGCAUCGUGAGGACGGUAAGAACCAGGCGGCGAAGACGAAGGUGACGGAAUUGACGCCGGUGGCGGUGGACACGACCGAGGAAGACAAGACGGAGAGCGACAUCGGCGACAUCUCCAUCAGCAAGUUCUCCGACGUGACCAACACCACGCUCAAGCAGAACAACAUCACCAGGACGGUCUACGACACGCAUCAGUAUUACAACAGCACCUUCACCGUCGACGCGAACAUCUGCAAGAAGUACUGGGUGGACAUGGACAAUCAUCCGGAGCUCAAGGUCAACCAUCUUCUGAGCCAGAGCCAUCGGCGCGCCGCGACGGUCAAGCUGAAAUUCGACUUCCCGUUCUACGGGCACAAAGUCCGCAAUAUCACCAUCGCUACCGGCGGCUUCCUGUACACCGGCGAGUACGUGCACAGCUGGCUGGCGGCCACCCAGUACAUCGCACCGCUCAUGGCGAAUUUCGAUACACGCCUGUCGAACGACAGCUACGUCAAGUACGCUGACAACGGUACCGCGUUCACCGUCGAGUGGGAGAAGGUGGUGCUGCAGGACAAGCCAGACGGCGGCGCGUUCACUUUCCAAGUGACCUUGCAUCAGAACGGCGACAUCGUGUUCGUCUACUCGGUCAUACCGGUGGUGGUCGAACAGAUCGAGGACAGGAUGCAUCCUGUCAAGGUUGGGCUAAGUGACGCUUACAUCAUGGACAGGACCGUGUUCUUCGUCCGGCGGAAAACCAUCUACGAGUACCACCGGGUGAACUUCAAUCGGCAGGACAUCAUGAAUUGCACGGUCAUCUACUUGAGAGCGUUGCCCACUUGCCUCGACAUCGACAACUGUCAGGACUGUCUGACGAAGGUGCCGGAGUUCGACUGCAAGUGGUGUUCGGAACUGAACCAGUGCAGCACCGGGACCUUCCGCUCACGACAGGACUGGGUGCUGAAGGGCUGCGAAGUGCGUAAUGUCAAAGAAGGCGAGCACUGCCCCGACCAUGCGAAGACGUUCAAGGGUGAGGAGUACGACCACGACGGCCGCGUGCAUCCCGAGGAGGCGAUCACCGCUAAUGAGAUGAGUGCGAAGCAGGAGAGACCCGACACAAGUGCCUUGGAGAGCUCUCGCGGCCAUAUGAAUAUGAGCGUUUCGGGAAUAAUCGGUAUCCUCACCAUCGUCGCUUUACUGGUGGGUCUCGCUGGCUGGGGUGCGUACGCUUAUCGCAACCCUCACAGUGCAUCUGGACAGAUGUUGAUAAGGUACCGUCCAAGCCAAUGGAGCUGGCGAAGAGGCGAGGCUCGUUACACGGCCGCGACCAUUCACAUGUGAUGAUGAGAGACGUCAAACGGGGAUCGAGUAUACAGUCAAUAAACGAAACUGUCGGACCAAACUUCCUAUUAACUGUACAGCGUAUCGAGUCUGCGAGUUGAAAAAACAGGUCCCGAGCACACACGUUCGCUCGCGGGACACGGCCGCCGCGCUGCCUGCUCGUCAGGUUUUUACACAUUCAAUCACAUCGGAUAAUCAUAUUCUCUCACGAUGACGACAACGCAACGCGACGAAGCGGAAGUGAAUCGGCGUCUUAGACGGACUUUUUGACGGAGACCGCGGUGCGUGUGCCUAGACUGACGCGCGUCGACGGAGCGCGCACGGCCGCUUCACAAAUUGCCGGAUUUUUCGCGUCCCGUUCGAAUCGAUCGGACAAAAUUCAAACUAAUAAUCGGAACUAAACGGAGUGUGUCCACUCCUUGGGCAAUUUUACAAACAUCCAGGGCUCUACCGUUCCGUCAGGUCAGUCGUCAAAAAGAUUGCGACGCAUUUUCCUCACGGAGUUUCGAAACACAACCCGUGUUCAAUGGGACGAUUUGUGCUUUUUUGCAGCGAUUAUCGAGAGAUACAUUUUCUUUGAUCUAUCCGACACGAGAUUGCGUUGCGAAAUUCAU